UCGCGCGUGUCUUUUUGUCGAGUUUAGAUACGGAAAUUUCGCAAGUGGGAGUUUUUAAUUUGUAAUUUGCUGAGAUUGCAGAGCUUAAAUCUAACAGUUUUUAUCUAGAAGAAAAGUGAAUUGAGUCAAGAACAAGUUUGUUAAAUAGUAAAACUGUUUAUUGGUCGAUGAAUUCCUGGGUAUGAUAGCGGAGUAGAAAACCAAUAUUCCAGUCGCACGAUGGAUGAAAUUCAUGGUUCGGAUAGGAAGGCAGGUGCUAGCGAUUGCUAUCAGGAUGCUGCCAUGGAAAACAAGUAUAAGCGAGAAUACGCUGGGGAGAGGAAUGACUGUGGUGGAAUUGCUGGAGGAGGACGUGGUGGUGGUGGAAAGCGAUAUCAAAACUCUCGCACCAUUACGAAGCGGAAAGAUAAUCAAAAACAGUACGGUGAUGCAUUGGCGAUGGGGUUUAAUUCCCAGGAAAUGAGCAAGCAACUACAGGCUAAUCUACCGGAGGACAUGCGUAUAUCCAAGCUGCUUCGGCGGCUCUGCCAGGAGACGGACGUGAAGCUUUGCCUGGAUCUAUGCUCAAAGCUGGGGGUUGUGGUGCUGGAGCCUUGCAAUACUUCCUAUGUGCGGAAAUCGUUCGACAUUUUGGCCGAUGGUAUAAUGUCGGUGCUGGAGAAUGGACCGCGAGACUGUGUGGAAGCCGUGGCCGAUGUGUUCGGAAUGAUGGGGUACGUGGCGCGGAAUGACUUCAACGUGUAUCGUGCUUGGAUUGCCAAAUAUUACAAGUAUUCAAAGAAACUUAAGCGCGCAAUGCUGAGAGCUCUGAAGAAGACCGUUGCUCUCGAUGCUGGCGGAGAGCUAAAAGACUUGGCCGGUAAACUUAUGGAUUUGCUUAAGGAUUAUUUGGAAGCUGCCGAUGGAGUGGAAACGUUUGUGGCCAUUGUUGAAAUUGUCGGAGACCUUUGCAACACGUAUCCAAAUAGCUUCAAGCCACACUUCAAUGAUGUGGUGGACAUCGUAGUUGGGUGGCACUUGGAGGUGGAUCAAUCGUCGGAAGUGAAGAAACAUUGCACCAAGGUCCUUUUGUCCUUCAAACAUUUCUGGUAUGAAGAUAUGAAGUUUACACUCAACAUGUUGGGUCAGUUCAUCGAAGAUAUCGGUGUCUGCUGCGAGGAUCUGGAAGGUUGUGAUCCAGCAAACGAAGAGGCACAUUUCCUGUCAUCGGCGAUUGCAUUCAGCUCCUUACUGGAUGCAUUCAACACCGUAAUCAAAUGUUUGUUUUGUACACCUGAUUCGUUACUGCAAACCGUUGAAAAAGAUGUUUUGGACAGCAGCUUCGAUCUGGUGGUUAAAGGGAGUAAAGUUGUUGCCAAAGAGCGGUGCCUCGAGGAAGUAUUGCUGCCGGUCAAUGAAAGCUUAAUUAUCCUGCUGAUGCUUGAGUCAUGUGUAACUACGGUAGGAAUUGAUGAGGUGUUCGCCGUAAUUAGUAUGGAAACUAAAAACGUGGAGUACAUGAACAAAAGUCAGAUUUCUAGUCUCUUGUUGCUACUACUCAAGUACGCUGAGUACAAUGCAGGAAGCUUGUCGCCAGAUUUUUUGAACCUACUGUGGGAUCCAAAGUCAGCUUUUGUUAAACUUCGUUACCAUCAAGCGCGUGAGAUUCAAGAGGGUUUGCUAAAACUGUAUCACCGCAUUUUGGCAAUCAAAAAUGUGGAUAUACUCCAAAGAGCAUACAAGUUUAUCCUUGAAGAUCUUGACCAAGCAAUGCACGCAGUGCAAAACAAAGCAACGUUAAUCGGCUCAGCGGAUCGUGCUCGUGCUCAGUUCGACAUUAAUUUCAACCUAUUGACACUAUCGACGCUGGCAAUCGCCAAUAGUUCAAUUCUCGUGAUGUGGACCCUGCAGCCGAGCAUUCUUGUAGUUCUUUUGGACAAGCUGCACCUGCUGGACACUAAUCUCUGGAACAACUAUCCAAAUCUGCACUAUGCCAUCCUAAGGGUUGCAUAUCAGCAUUGCCUGAAAAACAACAACUUCAUAUCGUCGAGUGCGCUACUGCGUUGCAAGAAUUAUUCCUUGGUGGAUUCGUUCAAUCAUCUAGCCUUGGAUGCAUGCUCUGCCUCGUCGUCGAGUCCUACGGCCGAGCACUUUCGCAUAAUCAUCGAAUUCCUGGAGCAAGCUCUCCCAAAGGACAACGCCAUACAUCAUCUGGAAUUACUGCUGGACUGGUGCCAUGCAGUUAUCGCCCAGUCGUCCCAGUACUUUGACGUCCUUUUGGAAAAUCGAAGCUUUUCGGCCAUCAUGCAGAGCAUUUGCGACAUCAGCAUGCGCACAAAUAAGACCCUGUUGCUCAAAUGCGCCGAAUGUUUGGAUCUGGCAACUUCCUACAAACAACUGGCGGCUGCCAUCUUCCAAGGCAUCGCUGAAAUAUGCUGCGUCCACAUGUGCUCGGUCAAUGCGGAGAUUCGAGAUCGAUUUUCGUACAUUCUUGGAAAGCUGCCACUGCGGUACUCGUUGAAACAGGUCAGCCAAUUCACCGGAAACAACCACAGACGUAGUCAGGAGAUUUACGAGCUACAGAACUGGUAUGUGAGCACCGAGAACACGGGCGAUUUGCGAUCGCAGUAUUUCCGAGCAUUCGUUGAGAAAAUCGGAUUCCACCGAGAUACCGAAGGCAUCGACGAUUUCCUGAAAGAAGUUUUUACCAAAUCGUGGUUUGUAAGCAGAGAGAAGAACUAUGCGUAUGGUCAAAUGGCACUGACUGAUCUACGGUGCCUUGUGCCAUGGGUUCAAUGGGAGGCUGCCCAUUUUUGCGUCAACAACAAACUGCGAACGCCUCUCGGAAAGCCUCAGGAGACUUUCCUGAAGAUUGAAUCGAUCAUCAAAGAAGAUGCGCGAGUUCUGUCCUUGAAAGAACGCGCACCUGUGAAAGAUUUAAUGGUUUCUAUGGCAAACCAACGUCAUGCAAGGAUUUUACUUGGUUUCUUGGAAUCGCUCGAAAAAGCAAUCUAUAACGCAGCAGAAGGGACAGCAUUCGCCCUCCCGAAUCCGGAGAAACCUGCCAGAACUUUCUUCCGUGUCAAUGCACCCACCUGCGCUGAAUGGUUCAAUCGCAUUCGCACGGCUGUUGAUUUGGUAGCGUUGCACUGUAUGGAACCGGAAUUGGUUAUCCGCUAUUCGGAAGCUGUACUUAAAGAGUUGGUCCAGGCCAACAAAGUGAAUGAUCUCAUCUUCGAGCAUACGCUGAUGUCGCUCGUGUGGGCACUGUUACGAAGCUGGGAAAGUGAUGCCUUGUACGGUGUGUAUGUCUGGGCGAAAAAAGUGACCGGACGGAAGUAUCAGUGGAUUAAGAUGACAGCAGAAGAAGCAGCAGGUCACCGUGAGACGGCAACCGAAGGAUUUCUGAAUAUUCUCGCAGAUCCUGAGUCGGCGAACAUGGAUCGACACAUUCGAGAUUUCAUUGCUGACCAAAUCAUUUUGACGUUGAUUUUUACGAAUCGCCUACCCGAGCUGUAUGAUUUUAUGGUCAGUGAAGAAAAUAGCGAGACACCGAGAGUAACAAUUCCAUUGUAUCCUUUGACGUCUAAACUGGUAAAAAACUGGUGGGAAUUUGAUGAAACCAAUGAUAGAAACAUAAUUGAAAUGUCUCAUUGGGAUUUAGUCAACUUGGGUACCGAUGUACCGAACAAUUUUUCGUGUCAUAAAAUCCUCUGCGACGUUGAGAACACAAUUGCAUUGUCGUCGCUAGAGCAGUUCAACUACGAUAAAGAGGAGACGCAUCGCGUCUGCAACGAAGUAAUCCACAGCGCUCUACAGGAAUGUCUUCUCACGAAGUCAAAGGAGUACCUUUUGCAACUAACCGUUACCAAUCAUGUUGCGCACAUUGUUCGGAAUACGGAAUACACUCCUGAUAUGUCGAGAUCGAUUCGAUUCGAGAAACAUUACGGAUCUCUGGCUAUGAUUCGGUUAUUAAAUUGGGCCGAAUUUUUCGACAACAACAAAAACUGCGAACAAGAGAACAUGGAAAUGAGACUUGAUCUGGUGUCUAUUGCUAGGAAGGAGAACAAUUUUAAACUGUGUCAACAUCAGUUGAACAUAUUCUACAAAAAGUCAAAGCUAGCAAAACAUUUGAAUUUGGAAAAUCAAUUGAAUGUAGAUACAGCUAAACAGCAUCUAAUGGGAUCUGAGCUAGGCUGCGAGUUUUGGAAUGUAAGCUUGUCUAGGGUUGUUUAUGAGCAUUGCAAGUGGCUCUAUUGUCAGCCUGGUAAGAAGCAAGAUGCAAUUCAAUUUGUAUCCGUAGCGGCUAGCAAGAUUUCUGGAAAUUUGAGCCUUGAAAAUGAUACUCCAUGUGAGUUGCGUGAACGAAAAUCCAGAUUUUUACUAACUUUGGCAGAUUGGGUGCAAAAUGAAGAUGUGAAACUUGUCCAGCAAGAUCUAGAUUCGCCGUUUAAACAACUGGCUGCUUCACUACCGGAUGUAAAGCCGUCAGUAGAUGGUCGCAUGAUCUCCAUAUUUUCAUCCAUGGACAUUGUUAUAGGCAAAAUUCUUCAAGCAGCAACAGAAUCCUGCCCCGAAUUGGCAAAAGCGUGGAACCAAUUUGCAUCCUGGUGCUACCGAUGGGGAAAGAAAAUGGUUGAAUUCCACACGGAAGCAAACACUGCACAUCACGUUAAUCUGGAGGAAAUAAACAAAAUCCUUCCAUCGAACCUAACGGAAGAUGUCCAGAAAUCGAUUCUGGCUAUCCUGAAUCAACAUGAGGUUAUAUCUGAAGAAGAAGAAUUCGGACUAAACGAAACCAGCUCAACAGAACUUUUGGAAUCGCUGAAAGCAACCGUGCCAGAGCUACACAACUGUCCACCAGAGAAGCUGCAAUUAAUUGUAGAAAUUUGGCGUCAAACCCACAAAACAGUAUAUGGAUACUACGAAGCAGCAGCAGCAGCAUAUUUCCGCUUCCUGGAUCUAUCCUCCGCAGUCGAAAUGGAGGACGAAAACGGAAAUUCGUCGACAGUUACUGCAACGCUACGUCUACUGCGUCUGGUUGUUAAACAUGCUCUGGGACUGAAGGAAGUCCUGGAGAAUGGUCUCGCCUGCACGCCUACCAAGCCAUGGCGCGUCAUUACUCCACAAUUGUUCUCGAGAUUGAAUCACCAUGAGCCAUACGUACGGAAACGAGUAUCCGAACUGCUCUGCAGAGUGGCAAAAGAUGAUCCACAACUAAUCAUCUUUCCUGCUGUAGUUGGUUCUGUGCAAGAAGAGAGGGUCAACAUUUGCGAGCUUACUGAAGAAGAUUGCACUGAGCAAUCGAAAAAGGAUUCCACCGAUCAGAAGUUGGGUCUCCAGUACUGUUUCAACGCACUUUUGGAUAUCAUAUCCAAACAUGUACCCGAAACCGUUCAACAGGCAAAGAUUCUGGUUCGCGAAUUGAGACGAAUUUCUCUUUUGUGGGACGAAUUUUGGGUAAUAUCACUUCAGCAAAUCUACUCAGAAUACAAUAAGAGCUUCAUAAGUUUUAAUAACGAAUUGACUAAAAUAACUGAAAGUGGACAACUGGAUCAGAAGCGCGAUAUUCUCGUGGAGAAGUAUAAACUAUUGCACCGCCCAUUGGUCUUUGUUCUGGAACAGUUGUAUGAAAUGAACUCACGGUCUCCUGAAACAUCCCACGAACGCCACUUCCAGGAUCGCUACCAGAAGUUCAUUGGUGCGAUGAUUGAAAAACUGAAAGAACCAUUGGAUUUCAGUAAAGCAAAUCAAGGUUGGGCGCAAUUCAAAAUACUAUUGGGGCAGUUGCAACAACGAGGACAAAAACGAAACGCGUUUUCGUUACGACUAUCGGAUAUUAGUCCAAUCCUAGCUAAGCUUUCCAAUACGGCCAUUUCAAUGCCCGGUAUCGAUAGCACUCAAAAGCAACAGAUCCUGAUUCGCUCCGCUGACAACCUGGUGCAGAUCUUGCCAACCAAAACCAAACCCAAAAAGCUAAUGUUCUACGGUAGUGAUGGACGCCGUUACAGUUACCUGUUCAAAGGCCUUGAGGAUCUCCAUCUGGACGAGCGCAUUAUGCAGUUCCUGUCGAUUGCGAACCUCAUGAUGACCAAAUCAAUCGAUUGCAACGGAAACGUCACUUACUACCGGGCGGAGCACUAUUCCGUCAUUCCGCUGGGACCGCGAUCCGGGUUGAUCAACUGGGUGGACAACACGGUUCCGAUUUUCUCGCUGUAUAAAAAGUGGCAACAACGGGAAGCGCUACAAAAGAAGGACAAGCCGGGGCCAGUGACUCGGCCUUCUGAACUAUAUUACCAAAAACUGACGCCCCUGCUCCAGCAGCAUGGAAUGAAGACCAGCGACAAUCGCAAGGAUUGGCCACUGCAAGCGUUAAAGCAGGUGCUAAAAGACCUGCAGGAAGAGACGCCCCGCGAUCUUCUGGCCAAGGAGUUGUGGUGUCAAAGUUCGACGGCUGCCACCUGGCGGCAGGUGAUUCGUAGCUAUUCGCUUUCGAUGGCAGUGAUGAGUGUGAUCGGUUACAUAAUAGGGCUUGGGGAUCGCCACUUGGACAAUGUGCUAGUGAAGUUGGCCUCCGGUGAAAUAGUGCAUAUCGAUUAUAAUGUGUGUUUCGAAAAGGGCAAAACUCUGCGCGUACCGGAAAAGGUUCCGUUCCGAAUGACACCGAAUCUGGAGGAAGCGCUGGGAAUCACCGGGAUUGAGGGAACUUUCCGGCUAGCGUGCGAACACGUGCUUAAAUCACUGAAAAAAGGCCGUGAGACUUUGCUCACAUUGUUGGAAGCCUUCGUCUACGAUCCGUUGGUAGAUUGGGCCGUCAGUGAAGACGGCGGUACGGCUGGCUUUGCCGUAUCCGCUUAUGGGAAUCGCGAAGGCUUUAACAGCGAGCUCCGAGAAGCAAAAAAACAACUCGAACGUGAGGUAAAUCGGGAUACACUUGCUAUUCGAUUCUCGGAAAUCAAGCCCGGCUGGAAUCGUAAUAGGGAUAACAUCUACCAAAAUUUGCUUCUGAUGGAAAAGUUCCUGCAAGAACUGCAAUCUAAUCGCAGCGAAUUGAUGGAGGCCGAGACACAUCGUGACUCCCUGUCGCGGCAGAUUCAGUUGAUCAGAGAGGCAGAGUCGUUAAACUCUGCCAUUGGGAGUCAUCCGUUGAACACUUUGUCGCAAAGGUACAGCGUUUAUAAGAAAAUUGUCGAAGAGUACAAUUCGGCAAAGAAACUGCUAGAGAGCAGAGCUGUCGAGAGCGAGAACACUCUCGAAGGGUAUCGGAAUUUCACAAAGGACAUAGAAAAUGGCAAAUUUCAGGAGUACUUAAGAAGCGUCAACGCCAAUCCAAACCAAUACAACAACUCCGAGUUUGAGUUGGUUGAGGAAUUUUUGGAUCAGUCGAAUCUUCGCGACACCUUUCUCACAGCGAACUCAUUGCGGCACGACAUGAACGAAUAUACGUUCCAGUCCACAAUUCUUGUAAAGCGAGCACUUGAAACGUUGAGCCAAUUCAGUGCAAUAAUAUGCUAUUAUCCAAACGAUUUUGAACAUAGCCAUCGUGAUUAUAAGUACGUCGAUUGGUGCAGAAAAAUCAUCAAAGAGAAGUCUGUCCAGACUUGUCAAGAGGUAACCCGACACUACGAACAAUACCUUGCGAAUGCGCGCCAGCAUUGCUGUGGGCCGCCAAUUUUAUCUUUUUCCUAUCAGUUGAAAAACGUCAUCUCCGACACAACGUUCAAACUAUCUGAGCUGGUAGCUUGCAACGCACAGGAACUAAACGAGAGCACCAUUCCGAUUGACAAAUUGUACGAAAAUGCGCUCUCCACAAUCAAUGCAAUCGCAAUGGGGAACACCAACGGACGGCAGUCGUUAAUUUUUGCCGGUUUGCAACUGUGCAUCGAUUUGAAUUCGAACUAUCUGCUGAUGGAACAAACGGCAUAUACCGCGGGAGAUUCACUCAUUGACUUGCAGCUGAAUGAUAACUGGUUCUUGCCUGAGUUUUACAUGACAAUUGCGCAACUGAAUGCGCUGUAUCAAAUAUUAUUUGAGAUAACACAGAAGGUUUCAAGCGACUGUUACGGCAUAGGCUUAAGCUGUCUCUCCGCCUGUGUCGGUGUCUACGACCAUCUUCACAACAUGAACGAAUGUAUCGCUCGUGACUUCCUGUCCGACACCAUGCAAGGAAUAAUUUCCGAGAACCAGAGCGUGAUUGACAUGAUUUCUGCGGUAUCAAAUCUGCAAACGGACAUAAUGCCAGUGGCUGACCUUUUGAAUGAACUGAAUUUGCAUCUGCAGUGUGUAGUUUCAAAUGUUCCAUCGGCCCACGUCCAUGCACUGGAUGCCGUCGAGGAGUUGAGAAGAAAGCUAGCUACACUGGGAGAUUGCUAUCGGAGCCAGCAAACUCCAACAGAAGGCUCAAAACUUUAUUUAACGUUGCAUCAGUUCUUCCAAGACUUGCUCGACAAGCAGGACGCACUGAUGAAUAUCGUGUACGAGAGAUUCCUUCCGUGCCAGGAGGCCGACUACAUCGAUCACAUCAAGGACUCCAAGGAUCUAGCGGUUCUGAUCUUCAACAAAUUCACGUACGACAUAUUGGAGGCUAUAUUCGUGGUCAAGCGCGUACAAGCGAUGAUGGAGUUCUUCACAUCCUGUCUUCAAAUGGCCUGCGCAUUCAAAGGAACUGGAAUGGCGACGGCCUUCAAUGAUGAUAACCUGGUUCGACCGAUCCGUAAAUUCAUAUCCGACUUCGUCUACUACUGCAUGCUGGGCAUCAGCCCGUCGGCAGCCGGCAUGGUUACUUAUGGUAUACUUUUGCGCAUCAACCCACAUAUAGAACAGGACAGCGAGAUGUUACAGCAAAUGACUGGAUCGGAUCGAGUGUGUUUGUCCGAUUUGUACACCGAAAACAUUGACCGUAUUAUGAGUGCGGAACAAAUCACUGGAUUAGAUUUGAACCAAGCGACAAAUGCUUGCCUUCAUCUUAGUUUCACGUGGAGAAAGAUGAUGAAAGUUAAGCUACUGUCGGAACAUAUCCUGACAGCUCAAAUUUCAUUAACAAGAUCGCAAAUGCAAUUCGUUGCCCACAGCUGGUUGCAUGAGUUGACAACUGCAGACAGCUCAACGACUGCCUCUUCCAACGACUUAACAAUUUAUGCUGAUGGGUCGUUGAUACUUGUUCAGCUCAAAAACAUUGUGGAAUCGUUAACAUCCUCGAAGAUAUCCAUUCAAAAAUUGGGUGCCGAUAUUACAACUAGCACAAAUGCAAUACUCCAUCGUUUAAAGUGGGCUUCUGGAGCCAACCCCGAGCUUGUUCAUCUGCUGAAAUCAUUUGAGCAGGCUUCUCUGCAAAAGCGAGACUUUUUGAACGAACAGCUCAUCUACUUGGACAUUGCUCUGAAGCAUUGCAGCUCGGUUCUGAACUACCAAGUUGGUCGCAUGCAAAUCAACCGGCACGCUGAACAGGACCAAACAUUCGUCAACAUGAUCGAUAAAUAUAGGAAGGCCUGCACAAAGCUAAACUCGUGUUCAGCAAUGGUGAACCAGACGGAAGUUGCUCUUGUUGAAUUGCUGGAUCCGGAGGGACAAAUUAAUCAAAUUUGGCUAAAUGACGUGAAAGCUUUGAUUGACGACAUGACAGAUCAAGUGCAGACCAAGAUUGCAAAAAUGGAAAAGGUGCGCAAUGCGCAAGACAAACUGCACAUGAGUGCAAAUGAGCUGAAGGAACUCAUGGGCGCACAUCACGCAUUGGCAUCGGACAUCCGUAAUUUACUGAAGAUGAAACUUAAGAUGGAAACAACUCCGGCGCUGAGAGAAUACUUGCUUCGCUAUAAGGCCUUCCUGGAGACGGUAUCCGAGAUUUACUCUAACGUACUGAGCAAGGAUUUUACCGAUGGAAUGGUACGCCAAGCGAAGGAACAGGUUCGCAAUACGAUGCCGAAUGUGCACAAGAUAUUCGAUCAGCUGUUCCAGUUCGAACAAAGCGGAACCAGCGAAGUUGGGUCUGUCAUGACCGGCGAGGAAGAGGAAACCGAUAAACUGAGUGUUGAAAUAGUUGAUAAACUGAGUGUUGAGUCGCCCACCAAACGGAACCACAUGAAAGCUCAUCGCACCCAAAAGGAGCAAAAACGGAAUGCUUAUGCUGUAUCGGUGUGGCGUCGCAUCCGGAUGAAACUGGAGGGAAGAGAUCCAGAUCCGAACCGUCGUUGUACCGCGCAAGAGCAGGUUGAGUGGAUGAUACGGGAAGCGAUGGAUCCGGACAACUUGGCGGUCCUCUACGAGGGUUGGACGCCUUGGGUUUGAAUUCUAGCACUAUGGUUAACAGGUAAACUUGGUCGGCUAAACUCUUCAACAAACAUCAAAACCCAGACGAGAGACGCGUUGCGAAUGGGUUUUCGCGGUAGCGUGUCCGUUUUGGUUUCAACAAUCUUCAGUCAGUAGACUGCUCACCAUCGACGCGGGAGCCAUUUGUCCGGUAACUGAACAGAAGUGGCACUGCCUUGGUAAUGUUUGGGUUACCAAGUCUGGUAACUUCAAAUUCCACCAAGCGUUUGUCCAGUCUGCACUGAAGCCCAUACCUGAGCUUUCGUUCGCUGAAGCAAUAAAGUCCCGUAGACACUUGAUUCCGGGUGGAUCAAAAUCCAUUGCUACACAGCGAAUGAUAUUAGGUCAUUCAAAACCCCUUACUUUAAAACUAUCUUGACAUUUUCCUAUCAUUUAUUUGAACUGCAGUGUAGUCUUGGGUAAUAUUUUCCCUCAAUGCCAAUAUCACGAAGCCGCGAUCAGGCUGCAGAAUACCUUUCAACUCUCUUGUAACAUCAUAGAAGAACCGGAAAUCAUGUUGUUUGGUAUAAGAUGAGAGCGGUUCAUGGGAAACGCUCUUAAAUAUGGUAUGAGUAAAAUAUUACUUCAUUUAUCAACAUUGAAGAUCAAAAUUAAACCAUGGUGAAAGGAACCUCCAAAUAUAUGACCUUUUUAUAUUCAUAGACAUCUUCAUCAAUACUGUUAGUAUUUUGUAUUAUUUCCCUUUUUUGAUAAUUUUAAUAACCACUAUUUUUGGAUAAUUUCAUGGUUUUUAUUUUCAAUUCAAAUUCUUUUUAUGGUUCUUAACUGUCCCAUCAUUCUGGAGUGCUGCAUAACAUAACUUAACCCUUCUGUGUAACACUAUGGGACAGAUUUCCCUACUAUUGCAUUAAUCCGCCAACAAUAUAAUCUUCUGUGUCGUAUCAUUUUCGAGAAUAUCCCGGCCUUUACAAUCCUAUGAAUCAUCGUUCCAAAUUUUCUGUUAGACAAGUUUAUCAUUCGUCUUAGCUUUUAGAUGAAGCCAUCUCGGCACUUAAUAAUUUAGACUUCGCAUUAAAAACAUCCACGGCGUAACUCCUGAUAUAUAUGGACAGUAGUGUAUUGUUUAACUCAUCGUUCGUUUUACUGUGAGUUUCUUACAAGUUCUGACGAAAUAAUUGAUCACUAAUGUGGAUAACAACUCUGUGAAAUCAAACGUGUCAGAUAUAAACAAGCUCAAUAUCUGGAUUACUCCGUGAUCGACGUCGCCUCAUCAAACCAAUGGUAAAAUUAUGAAACCAAAAUGAAAUCGAAAGUCAACAUAGGCUCACAACAGAUACUACAGCAACAAAUUGGAUCAUGUCUGUGUUUGGCUUAUGAAUUCAAAUAAUAUAUAUGUUGCUUAUAAGCUGCGUA